UAGAAAAAAAAGCAAAGAGCCUCCCCCAAAAGACUAAUCCAUACCAUACUCCAAAAGAAGAGGCACCAUGUCUUCUAUGGAUCUAAAGAAAUCUAACAAGAUCAGAGAAAUUGUUAGGCUUCAACAGAUCCUCAAGAAAUGGAGAAAGUUAGCCAACUCAUCAAAAACCACUAUGGUUACCACCACCGCUACCGCCACUGUCACCUCUUCCGCCAGCAAGAGCAUGAAGUAUCUUAAGAGAACACUUUCCCUAUCAGAACGUGAAGGAGGGUCAAGCAAUGUAGUCCCCAAAGGGUACCUAGCUGUUUGUGUUGGUGAAGAGCUCAAGAGGUUCACUAUACCAACUGAAUAUUUAGGUCAUCAAGCCUUUCAGAUUCUCCUCAGAGAAGCAGAAGAAGAAUUUGGCUUUCAACAAACCGGAGUUCUGAGGAUUCCUUGUGAAGUGGCUGUUUUUGAGAGCAUCUUGAAGAUGGUGGAAGGAAAGGAGGACAAGUUUUCCUCCCAAGAAUGUAGACUCAGCAUUGAAGAAAUGAUGAUGGGUUACCGCUCCGAAAACCAACUUGCUUAUUCUCACCAUCCUCAAAGUCCACUGUGCAGAUAGUAUAGCAUAUAUUAAUAUUGCAUUUUUUAUCCUUUUUCUUUUUGUCCUUUUGUACCUUAUAACAAAUCCAAUGUAUGAGUGAGAGGAGAGUGAUUGAGUAAGAGAAGAGUGAGUUCAUUUAGAUGUAACAGAACCCUUUUGGUAUUUAUGAACCAAGGAGUAUGAUUAUGACUUUCAUUUUCCAAUUCA